AUGGCUUUAGCCAAGCCUGACCCCCAGGCCGUGGUUUAUGUUGGGGUAGAUUUUGGAACCACGUAUUCCUGUCUCGCAUAUCAGGUCGAAGUUUCAGGUCAACUGGGACCAGACGUCAAAUACGCACUUGACGCAUCAAGCACUGCAUCGAGUUUCAGCGUUUGUCCGGAGAAAAUCCCCACUCAGGUGCGAAUCUGUGGGGAUGGCAGUUUAGCUUCAUCGAGUUCUUCUGGGCUUUCUGCUGAGCAUUCUGUUCUUCAAUGGUUCAAGCCGAUGCUUCUACACGACGAUGAUCGAGGCCAUCUUGGAGAAUCAACCACGUUUUGGGAGGCUCAAAAAAAAUCAUAUCAAGCUCGCCAAAACGUGGCGAAAACCACCACGAUUUACUUGCAAAAGCUCUGGGAGUCUUUUGUAAGGGAUCUUCCCUUUUCCGUUGAACAGUGCAAGGUACACGUUACGUUCACGGCCCCGGCCAACUGGCCCCACGACGCAAUACAGCGUAUGCGUAAAGCUAUCGAUAGUACGGAAUUUGGCAACCCGUUACGAAGUUCUACCAGCCUCAUCUGUGAGCCAGAAGCCGCAGCGGUCUUCCUCCUCACCUACGAGCUGCAAAGGAUCAAUCCCAAGGAAAACGAUACUAUCGUUGUCUGCGAUUGUGGCGGAGGCACCGCCCAUUGUGUCAGUUUCCAGGUUUCUGGAUUAUCACCUCUUUCCCUUGCAGAAUGCAUUCCCAGCGAGUACACUUUGUCCGGCGCUGUGAUACUGAACGACCUCUUCAGAGAGAAAUUAAUUGCCAGGGUUCGCGCAUGUUCCCCCCAAGGUGCCCAGCUCAAAAGGGAGGAUUUGGAGGAAAUCUUCCAACCCGUGGAUCGAAUCAUCCAGCUCGUCAAAUCGCAGAUUAUAGCAGUCAAAGCAAAGACAGGCCAACUCCCAAAGGCUCUUAUUAUUGCCGGAGGUUUCGGCAAAAACCUAUUUCUGCAGAAUGAGGUCAACAAAAUGAUCGAGGGUGAUUUCGGUAGUUCUGUCGGAGUCAUCAUGUAUCAUGACAAUACUGGAUGGAAAUCGGAGGCACAUGGCGCUCUGUAUCACGCCAUCAACACAGAGCGAAGAGACGGGCAGACGAUAGUCGCCUGCCGUCUUUCGCCAAACAAAUAUGGCUUUCAACCGCCUAAUCAGGACGUAAAAUGGUUUUUGGAAAAGGGCGCGAAUCUUUCAACCAGGCGACCGAACAUGUUCAGAAUCCGCCUCGAAAACUUUGAGACAGUGUCGCGCAAUUCUGAUAAAUACCUGACGCUCGAUUUGUACUCAUAUCAAGGUGAAAUUGGUUCCGGUUACAGCAGCCAGGUUUGCAAGGUCACAUGGUUAUGGCUACAAGAGCUGGACCGCCCGUCCGACGAUUCCUUCGACUUGGGGGUGGUUUACGAUGGAAUUAUUCUAUCAUUCACCCUCUACUAUAAGGGCAAACUCCAAGGCCCUGAUCAGGUUACGUUUAAGUACACGUAUUAG